CACUCUUUGCUGUACAUCUUCCACUUCAACCUCUCCUCCCCUCAUCCUCCUCAAGUCCGACUGUCGUCAGGCGCAGUCGGCAAGACGUACAUGGUGGCGACCGUACUUGCAGUCGGUGUAGGCGUGGCGGCCGCGGCCUUUUUCGGUCGCGCCGGCCUCGUCGCCCUCCGAAAGUACCGUGGCGGGACAAACGCCCUCGGCCGAGCAUUUUACAAAGGCGGCUUCGAAAAGACGAUGAACAGGCGAGAGGCGGCGCUCAUCUUGGAGACUUCUGAACGAGGCGUGACGAAAGACAUGAUCCGCAAGAAGCAUCGGGCGCUGAUGAUCAAGAACCAUCCCGAUCGUGGAGGAAGUCCGUAUCUUGCUUCGAAGAUCAACGAGGCCAAGGAGUUUCUGGAGAAGGGAGCUACGUGAGGCGUUUCAUGGAGGGAGAAUCGCGAAGCUGCUUGUCGAGUUGAAAGUGGCAUGCUCACUGCUGGUUAGCGACGGCGUUUGGUGGUGUUGUUUCGAUCCCUGGGUGUACAACGUCACCACUCCUCCUGCAUAUAGAUCUGGGCCAUCGUGCCGUAUGACUUAUGCGCAUUCUACUCUCCCUUGGAGUACACGAAAGGGAACCUGUGUAGAAGAUCCAUCAUGCCUGGUCAGACAGCCUUCCCGAUCAGGCAAACACUCCACGCCAGCCAAACCUUGUCCUGCUGCCAGCUGGUCCAACUGUCUUGUCAUAUCCCCCGUACAUAUCCAUUCUGCAUUCCCCUCUGACCAUG